AUGGUCAAACUUGCAAUUCUGAUGAUUCUCGCCCUAACCGCCCUUGCAUUUAAGCCGAAUCUCAAGGGAUCAUUUUUAGAAGGCGACGAGUGUCAACAGCAACAAUGUGGACACGAACAAGAUGAAUGCCAAGUAAAAAUUUUAUAUCAAAAAGGAGAUAAAGGUGACAGAGGUGAACAAGGAUGCCAAGGACCACAAGGUCCACCUGGUCCUCAGGGACCUCAAGGCUGCAAAGGACCUAAAGGGGACAAAGGUCCAAAAGGAGAUAAGGGAGACCAAGGUCUGCAAGGUUGCGCAGGAAUCAAAGGAGAACGUGGAGAAGCAGGUCUUUGUGGAGAGCAAGGCUGCAAAGGGGAAAAAGGAGAUUGUGGAGACAGAGGUCCAGCUGGAGUUAUUAUUAGGUGCCAGGAAAUCGAUGAAGUUGUAAGAAGUUGCGCAUGCAAUGAUCAUGAUGACAGAGAUGACAGAGAUGAGAUAAAAUGUGAACAAAAACAAUGGUAA